AAGUGCAUCCAUCACAAACUAAAAAUUUAUCAGUAUUCUUUCUUGAUUCAUAAUAAAUACUGAGAUAUACCCCACCUGCAAGUUCUAUUUAUUAACACUUUCAACAUAAUCACUUUGGAAAUAAAACGACUAGUUUAUACUCUGUAUAAUCAGCUUUACAAGACAUUUCCACAAAAUCGAAUUUUAGCCAGUGCCAUAUUUCCACGUUUAUUUUUUUUGACGCAAAAAAAAAAAGACACUACGCUCUCCGAUUUCACAACACCAACAAGUACACCCCGCUGUUUCCACUAUACCCCCGAAACAACCAUGAUGUCCGAUUCUGAAGACUCAUCUUCAGAUCCAAAUGAGUACUCUAUCGAAGAUUACUAUAAACUAGUGCGGCCAUUAUGGGCUGCAAGAAAUAUAAAUGCCAAUUAUUUAAACAAUCACAAAUUGUUACGAACGUUGGUUGACUUCAGUCUAUCCCAUUCAUUGCCACUUAAAAAUUUACAAAAGAGAGAACUUGAACUCGGCGACAUAAUACCCACCAAGAUCAACUAUGUCGAUACCCUAAUUAUAAAAUCUAAAAACACAACCGAUAAUGAAGGUUUGUUCCAGUAUAGUGGAUGUUUCAGGCAUCAAUUUGUGGAAUUUUGUCCGCAUUUAGCGAUAUCGGCUUACUUGUUCAGUAGGUUCCACAUACCAGAUGAAUAUGGCUCGUUUGAGUUUAUAUUAAGCGAUGCCACUAAAAGAAUAUCUCUAGAGGAAGUUAAGUUGCUAAAAGGUAAUAACAAACUAUCAGCAAUCUCAUAUAGUCAACAACACAAAUCUUCCAUAAACGCUUUGAGUAUAAGUGGGUUGAAUUAUAAAGAUAUAAACCUCACUAAGCUCCUAUCAACUCAAGAUUUCGAAUACACUGAGAAGGCGGUACUGAGAACUUUGGAUGGUUUACCCCACCAAAUAAUGUUGCAACUAGCCGGGUUUGACAGCUUCCAAAACUACAACAUACCUCGUAACGCUAUCGAACCUCAUCAAGAACUACUUGAUCUGAUUUUUCCAUUUGUAAACCAGAUAACACCGGAGUUCUAUAACGAAGACAUGUUGAGAAUUAAGGAAUUGCUCAUUAUGCUACGCAGGAGUUUAUGUCAAGAUAUGGUUGUAAUUAAACAAAAGUAUCCAUUGAAUCCAUUGUCCAAGAGUGAUAUUUUCAAUUCCCGCGAAUUUGAGAAGUUUAGUAAACAAGUAGAAGAUGCUGGUGAGUUAGAUGGAUGGGUUCAUGAUUCAUGUUUCUCACCAAAUGAUACGAACGAGGACUUGCCUCAUGAUAAUUGGCCAGUUUUUCAAGAUCCUGACUCCAAGGCUGAAUUGCAGCGUGUGAUUGAAUUUCAGAUGUCUAAAUUGAGAAGCUUAGAUAAUCAAGUGAGCUUAUAUGCGCAAGAACAGAGUCAUAUGUAUUCGGUGCUUUCCAAGUUUAUUGAGACCCAAAAUGAAGUAUUCCAAAGACAAAGUGAGUAUAUGCAAAGAGUUCAAAAUUCUAUAAAUGGGUUAGUGAUCUUAAUGUCGUCGAAAAAUAAAAAUACCAUUCCCCUUGCACAGCAAAGUCUUAACGAGACGCGGAAUUUCAUCAAUACGGUAGAAUCAACUAAUCUCAAACAGGGAUUAGACACAACCAUUGAGUUGUUGGCGAAGUUGAACUCUAGCCAAAUGCAACAGUAUCAACUUCAACAACAGCAAGCUCAUCAGCUUCAACAAACCCAGCCACAUUCAAGUGUAAUACCCAUCACUAAUAAUCAUCCUGUUUUCAACAUACAUGCUGCUACGUCGCCUUCCCUGAAGUCUCUUAGUCCAGACCCACAGCUGCAAACUCCAAUGUCACCAGUUCAACUUGAACGUCAACGUGUAUUGAAUAGAAGAUUAUCAAGACAGGCAACUACAUUGUUUGAAAUGUGGGAUGAUUUCAAAGGAUUAGAAAAGGAACUAAAGGACCAUGAAAUCACCGUUACUGAGUGGUUAAAGGUUCAUGGUAGUUCUGAAAGACAAUUUAGACAUACAAGAUUGAAGAUUAUCAAGUUUAUUGAAGAUGAAGCCCAGAGAAGAGGUACUACAGUUGAAUAUGUGAAGGAAAGAUUGCAUAACAAGAUGCGGAACAGGUUGAGACCUUGGACUUUGGAUGAAGUCCAAAGAAUGUUGACUUCGGGGAAGAGAAUUAAUCUUGACGACAAUAGAUAAAGGCAAACUUAAAAAAAAAACAAAAAAAAGUUUUAUAGUUUGGUUUUAAAAAUCAAAAAGGUAAAAUGGUAUGGGAAACGAACAUUAGGUAUACAGGCGGAGGGGUUAUCAGUAAUUGGUUUCCCAUGUAAUAUCUAGCUAUUUAUUUUAUAAUGUAAUUGUAUUAUUUAUUAUU